AUGGUCAAAAUCACCGGCUUCACCACACGGGACGUGCGGUUCCCAACCUCACUCGAUAAGACGGGCUCUGAUGCCAUGAACGCAGCCGGCGACUAUUCUGCCGCAUACUGCAUCCUCUCCACAGACUCCGAGUUCCAGGGCCACGGCAUGACAUUCACCAUUGGCCGCGGUAAUGAGAUUGUCUGCGCUGCCAUCUCUCUUGUGGCUCCUCUCAUCGAGGGCAAGGAGCUGGACGAGCUCACGGCAGACUGGGGCAAGACUUGGCGCUAUCUGGUCUCUGACAGCCAGUUGCGUUGGAUCGGACCUGAGAAAGGUGUGAUUCAUUUGGCUCUGGGCGCCGUUGUCAAUGCCCUGUGGGACCUGUGGGCUAAGACCCUGGGCAAGCCCGUGUGGCGCAUCGUCGCGGACAUGACUCCCGAGGAGUUCGUGCGCUGCAUUGACUUCCGUUAUAUCACUGAUGCAAUCACCCCCGAGGAGGCUCUGUCCAUGUUGAAGGAGAUCGAGGCCGGCAAGCAGGAUCGUAUCAAGGAGGCUGAGGCGAGCCAGGCUGUGCCUGCUUAUACUACCAGUGCUGGCUGGUUGGGAUACAGCGAGGAAAAGUUAAAGAAGCUGCUGGAGGAGAGCGUUGCCCAAGGGUACAAGCACUUCAAGUUGAAGGUUGGCGCCAAUGUGGAGGAUGAUAAGCGACGUCUCAGAAUUGCCCGUGAGGCUAUUGGCUAUGACAAGGGAAAUAUUCUGAUGGUGGACGCCAACCAGGUCUGGUCUGUCCCCGAGGCUAUUACUUGGAUGAAUGAGCUUGCCGAGUUCAAGCCCUGGUUCAUCGAAGAGCCCACCUCUCCCGAUGACAUCCUCGGCCACGCCGCCAUUCGCAAAGCCCUCUCCAACACCCCCCACGGCGCUAUCGGUGUCGCCACCGGAGAGAUGUGCCAAAAUCGUGUCGUCUUCAAGCAACUCCUACAAGCCGGUGCUCUGACCGUCCUCCAGGCUGAUGCCUGCCGUGUCGGCGGUGUGAACGAGGUUCUUGCCAUUCUGUUGCUGGCCCGCAAGUUCAACGUCCCCAUUGUGCCUCACUCUGGCGGUGUCGGUCUUCCCGAGUACACGCAACAUCUGAGCACCAUUGACUAUGUCGUGGUCUCGGGGAAGAAGAGUGUCUUGGAGUAUGUCGACCACUUGCACGAGCACUUUGUCCACCCUUCGAGUGUCAAGGACGGUUACUACGUUACCCCCAUGGAGCCUGGGUACAGUGUGGAGAUGAAGCCUGAGAGCAUGGACCAGUUCGCCUACCCCGGCGAGGAAGGUAAGAGUUGGUGGCGCUCACAGGAAGCUCGGGUGAUCUUGGAUGGUCCUCGUGUCGUGUAA